AUGGUGAAAAUGAAGGCAGAAUCGAUCGACAGUGAAAAAGCAACGAGACGUGGUUCGUCAGCUAUGAGGGAAAAUAUGCAUAAUGACGAUUAUGGUGUUGAAGCAGAAUUGACGAGCCUUUCAUGGCUGCAGUCGUUGGACAUUACGAGUGCUUCUAGUUUGCCAACACCACCCUGUUCUCCAUCACCACCGCCUGUAACGCGACAACCAAGGAAGAAGCUUUCACCCCUGAUUAAGGCCGAAUUAGAUCUAGCUGCAAAUGCAGAGAAGUAUCGGACUGAUCCCGACGCCAAACCGCCAUUUUCAUACGCCACGAUCAUUUGCCUGGCGAUGCGUGCGAAUAACAACAAGGUGUCUCUCUCCAACAUAUACGCGUGGAUUCGAGAAAAUUUCUUAUUUUAUAAAUACGCCGAUCCAGCUUGGCAGAAUUCGAUUCGACACAAUUUGUCGCUGAACAAAUGUUUCGUAAAAUUACCACGUUCGAAGGAUGAGCCUGGCAAAGGUGGUUUCUGGAAGUUAGACCUCGAAAGGAUGGAAGAGGGCAAAAAAUCAAAGCGACGCGCGACCAUGUCCCAACGGAUUCGCGGAUCAAAGAAGGUAACAUCUGGGAAGACGAUGGUAACGAACAAUGUACAAAGCAAUGGUGCCCCAUCGAUCAAUUGUCCGUCCACGUUGUACGAGACUCCUCCGAGUAGCGUAUCUCCCCCGAUUCCAGACUGUCUUUCGGAAAUUCCUGACUCUACUCAAGUUAGCCUAAGCGAGGAUGACCUUACUGGUUUGCUAAUCGCUACUGCGGGCUGGGAUGAAAAUCAGCUAGAUCUCUUGGAUUCCCUGCUCGACACUCUUUAA